CCCAAUCUUGCAAGACGCAGGGCUUUUGAAACUGUGCUUAUUAAACAUCGAUGGACUGGAGAAGAGCUUUCAGAGGAGAAGGAGGCGCACGGAAGCUGCUGCUGGGAACGUGUAGUAAGACCCUCGACUCGCUCUCUCUCUCUUUCUCACUCUCCCUCACUGCCUCCCUUCCUCCCCUUCAGUUCUGGUUUGAGGAGAUCUCUCUUGGAGCUGGAGAGGAGAGUUCGUUCGUCUCUCUCCUCCAGCAGCCGCCGGGCUUCUCUGCAGCCUCUCACCGCUUCACCAUGGAUCUGGGAACUAAAAGAGUUGCUGGGAUUAUCGCUCAGGUCGCCCUGCUUCUCUCCUGCGCAUACGGGACGACCGGAGAAGAGGUGUGUGACAGCGCACUGGUCUCCAAUCUGCCGCCAUCUUCCUUCCGAAGCUCUUCCCAGCUGUCCAGCAGCCACGCCCCGGGUUUCGCCAAACUCAACAAAAGAGAAGGAGCUGGAGGCUGGUCUCCUCUCAUCUCAGACAAGUAUCAGUGGUUGGAGGUCGACUUAGGCGAGCGCACCAAGAUCACAGCUGUUGCCACACAAGGCCGUUAUGGCAGCUCGGAUUGGCUGACGUCCUACCUGCUGAUGUUCAGUGACACGGGACACAACUGGAAGCAGUACAGACAGGAGGACAGCAUAGGGUCAUUUCCAGGUAACAGCAAUGCAGACAAUGUGGUUCAAUACAAGCUGCAGCAACCAGCGAUUGCACGUUUUCUCCGCCUCAUUCCUCUGGACUGGAAUCCCAGCGGACGGAUCGGACUGCGACUGGAAACCUACGGAUGUCCUUACACCUCUGAUGUGGUGAGCCUAAACGGUGGCAGCAGCAGCCUGGUGUACAGGCUGAGUCCCGGGCCGUGGCAGACAUCCAAAGAGGUUGUCUCUCUGAAGUUUAAAACCCUGAGGAAUUCUGGGAUACUGCUGCAUGCAGAGGGGCAGCAAGGCGUCAGCCUCAGCCUGGAGUUAGAGAGAGGAAAGCUACAGCUGCUGCUCAGACAAGGUAAGACUUCCCCUGAACCACUGCAUCUCACCUCCCUUGGCAGCCUGUUGGAUGAUCAGCAUUGGCACCAUGUAGUACUGGAGCAAAAAAGUGCUCACCUCAACCUGACUGUGGACAAAAACACGGAGAGAGUGCAGCUCCCGGCAGAGUUCAGUCGCUGGGCCAUCGAACAGUUGAGUUUAGGAGCUGUCCAUAGCCUUCGAUCGCAGAAGCCAGGUGCCUCCAGUAAGGACCUUCAUGGCUGCAUAGAAAACCUGCUGUACAAUGGCUUCAACUUGAUAGAGCUGGCUAAGAAUAGUGACCACCAAGUUACUGUCAGAGGCAAUGUGACCUUUUCUUGUGCUGAGCCAGUUUCCGUUGCUUUGACGUUCCCCGGGCCACAGAGCUUCCUCCAGUUGCCCGGGACUACAGCGUCCUCGCCGGGUGGUGUGUCUGUCGGAUUCCAGUUCAGGACGUGGAACAAGGGAGGGCUUCUGUUCACCUUUAGCCUUCCUCAACAAGAGGGCAUGGUCUGGUUAUAUCUGAGUGAUGCCAGACUCCGACUGAUGAUCCAUAAAAGUGGCUCAGUGGUGCUGGAUCUCAGCGCAGGUGCUGCUCUAAAUGAUGGUCAGUGGCAUUCAGUGGAUUUUACAGCCAGACGCGGUCGCUUGACAAUCUCUGUGGAUAAAGGAGAAGGGGGCAUUGCUCAUGCUGCUCCCUCAUUUCCCAUCACCGCAGAAAGUCAACUGUUCUUUGGUGGUUGUCCUGCUGAAGAGCACAGUGAGGAAUGUAGAAACCUCUUCGAGACUUUCCAGGGCUGCAUGCGUCUACUCACGGUGGAGAACCAGAGAGUCGACCUGAUCAAGGUGCAGCAAAGACUGCUGGGAAAUUACAGCCAGCUGCAGAUCGACAUGUGCGGCAUCAUUGACAGGUGUUCUCCCAGUCGCUGUGAACACGGUGGCCGCUGCAGCCAAUCCUGGACCGUCUUUCACUGUAACUGCUCUGACACCGGCUACAGCGGAGCAACCUGCCACAGCUCUGUGUACGAACAGUCCUGCGAGGCAUACAAACACAACGGCAACACGUCAGGACAUUUUUAUAUUGACGUGGAUGGCAGCGGACCGAUCAAACCACAGCUGGUCUACUGCAACAUGACAGAGGAAAACACAUGGAUGGUGCUCCUGCACAACAACACUGAGCUGACCCGAGUGCGACCCUCUCCGGCUGUGUCCCAGCAUUCGGUUAACUUCGACUACUCAUCUCAAGAGGAGCAGCUGCUGGCUGCCAUCAGCCAGUCAGAGCACUGCGAACAGGAACUGUCCUACCACUGCAGGAAGUCCCGCCUCCUCAACACUUUGGAGGGCUCUCCAUUUAGCUGGUGGCUUGGCGGUCCAGGUCAAGGUCGAGUCCAGACUUACUGGGGAGGAGCUCAUCCAGGAAGCCAGCAGUGUGCCUGCGGCCUGCAGGGCGACUGUGUGGAUCUACAACACUACUGCAACUGUGAUGCAGAUCGCCUGGAGUGGACUGAAGACUCAGGCCUUCUGACCCAUAAGGACACCCUCCCGGUUAGGUCUUUGGUGCUGGGUGACAUCCAGAGGCCAGGGUCGGAGGCUGCCUACCGGGUGGGACCACUUCGUUGCCAUGGAGACAAGAACUUCUGGAAUGCCGCAUUUUUCGACAAGGAGACGUCGUACCUGCACUUCCCCACCUUCCAUGGAGAGCUGAGCGCCGACAUCUCCUUCCUUUUUAAAACCACGGGCUCCUCUGGUGUGUUCCUGGAAAACCUGGGCAUCAAAGACUUCAUUCGCAUCGAACUGAGCUCCUCCACUCAGGUGGUUUUCUCCUUUGAUGUUGGUAACGGCCCACUGGAGGUUCGUGUGGAGUCAAGCGUCCCGCUGAAUGACAACCGGUGGCAUCGGGUCCGAGCAGAACGGAACGUGAAGGAGGCAUCGCUUCGACUGGAUGAACUUCCUGUCGCCACGCAGGAGGCGCCAACUGACGGACACUUCCACCUGCAGCUCAACAGCCAGCUGUUCAUAGGAGGCACAGCAUCCAGGCAGAAAGGCUUCCGGGGCUGUAUCCGCUCUCUGCAGCUGAACGGCGUCACUCUGGACCUGGAGGAGAGGGCGAAGAUAACACCAGGGGUUCAACCCGGCUGCCCGGGUCACUGCAGCAGCUACGGCUCGCUCUGCCAGAACCAUGGCCGCUGUGUGGAGAGAGCCAGUGGCUUCCAGUGUGACUGCAGCCUGUCAGCGUAUGCUGGAGUUUUCUGCCAAACAGAGGUGUCAGCCAGCUUCAAGCCUGGAACAUCAGUCAGCUACACCUUCAAGGAGCCCUAUGAGCUGAGCAGGAACAGCAGCGCUCUGCCGUCCUCCAUCUACUCUGAGAUGACACUGAGAGCAGAGAACAUCUCUUUGAGCUUCAGGACGAACCAGAGUCCAGCUCUGCUGCUCUACGUCAGCUCCUACUACAGAGAAUACCUGGCUGUGCUCAUCAACAAGCAUGAUAAGCUGGAGGUGAGAUACAAGCUGGACAGCAGCAGAGAUGCUGAAGUGUUAAGGAGCAGCGUGAGGAACGUGGCCAAUGGACAGCUUCACACCGUUACCAUCAAGAGGCUGACAGACUCUGUGUCUGUGCAGAUUGAUGAAAAUGCCAGAGAAGACUUCAAUCUGACAUCUGAUGGGGAAUUCAACGCUGUGAAGUCGCUGGUGUUGGGCAGAGUGCACGAAUCUGAUGACCUGGAUCCAGACCUGGCCAAGUUGGCGUCCCUCGGUUUUACUGGUUGUCUGUCUGUGGUUCACUUUAACACCAUGAGUCCUCUGAAAGCAGCUCUUCUCCACUCAGACACCAGCCCUGUCAUCAUCACUGGACCUUUAGUCCAAGUAGUCACUGUGUUGUUUGGUGACAUGGUGUGUGCCACACUCAACAUGGACCAGAGGAAGCAAAGGAAAGAGUUGUCUCAGGAGAUGAGAAAGAAAAUCAUAGAUAAUCAUGUUAAAGGUAAAGGCUAUAAGACCAUCUCCAAGCAGCUAGAUGUUCCUGUGACUACAGUUGCACAUGUUAUUCAGAAAUUUAAGAUCCAUGGGACUGUAGCCAACCUCCCUGGACGUGGCUGCAGGAGGAAAAUUGAUGACAAAUCAAAGAGACGGAUAAUCCGAAUGCCAAAGUGGACUACAUGGGAGACGACCAAGGAGGACACCAUUGUUGAAAACAAAUCAUAA